AAACAAAAAUGAACGUCGAAGAAACCGCGCUCGAACACAUUCGGACCCAAAAACGAUACGAACUGAAAUGGGAACAGAAAACACACCGCAAAAAGGAACUCGACCGCAACCGGGCCGGUCUGGGCGAGCUGAACCAUUCGAUCGGUGUGAUUGACCACAUUUCCGAGCAGGAAAUCAAAGGAUUGGCCGGUCGAAUCAAGCGCCGCAAGCGCUGCGAUGCGUUAGACCUGGUACGCCUCAGCUACGGGUUUCAGCAAAGCCGUGAAAACAUUUCCCACUUCAUCCGAAUCACCGGUGCCAUCAAUGUGAUUGUGAAGGAACUUACUGGGCACGAUUACAACCUGCAGUUGCUGGCCGCCGAAUGUUUGUGCAAUCUGUCGCUGGGGGAUGAUGUGUGCUGCGAGAAGAUAGCCAACUUUGCCGGCACGUAUCUGAUUGCGCUGGCCGAAAAUCCCAACUGUCGGCCACUGCAGCAGACAUGUUUUUGGACGUUGCAGAACAUCGUCGGAUCUAGCCCGAAGGGUAGCAAGCUGCUGUUCAGCCAAGGCUUGGUGGUAGUGAUGGUGCGAUUACUUUCAACCGUUACGGAUCAGGAAGCUGCGGAUGAUAUCAUCUUAACGUUAGAAUUAGCACUUAAUUACGAGCAGGAUAUUGAACCGAGUACGAUCCCACAAAUAGUGCAAUGUUUCGAAGGAAAGGAACUGCAUCCCAGUAGUCUUCGACUGCUGUACAAAUGCUACGGGUUACUGCACAACAACCUACACGGCUCUUUUACCUACAUUAUUCGGCAAUGUUUAAACUUUCUAUCAAGCAUUAUGGACCGACAUCUGCCAACAUAUGCAGCCUCGAUUUUGCUUUCCAUCCGUAUACUUGUGCACCACGUUGUGGCAAGCGCCAACUCCGUCGAAGAAAUUUUUCAGCACCAGCUACACAAGAGGACACUAAAAUUGUCGACACUUUUUAACGGCUGCGCGAAAGAAGACAUGCUCCCAGUGUGCAAGGAGUUUCUGUGGUUGCUAGGACAGAUCCAUAGCAACAGAGGAAACAACGAAGAAUUGUUUCAAUCGUAUCUGGCAUUUGAUAACUUUGUGGAACAAAUAUCCGUACCCAAAGCAUUGCUCUGAUAGGACUAGCUAAGAGCAAAAGCCCUUUAAUAUAAGACUGGCCUCGCAAUAUUGUUGAAAUCUUAAACUGUGAAUUAAAACGCGUUUUGAAUUGAAUAACUUUAUUUAACUUUUUCCUUGCUUCGCUCUCGUUACAAAGUCUUGGACAUGUACGGCCCAUCUAGCUCGUAACCAAUCUUUCGAUAGUAAUUUCUCGUACCGACACCGGAAAUGACUGCUAGCUUCCUGCUGCCAUGUUCUUCCCGUGCAAUACGUUCCGCUUCCUCCAUCAG